AUGUGGGACAGGAAACAGACUCAAAUUGAGCUCGGCACAACUCGGCAGCCCAAGGAGGGGGAGGUUCCUGGCGUGGAUUAUAAUUUCGUGACCGUUGAGCGUUUUAUAGAACUGGAGAAGAGUGGAGCCUUACUAGAGAGUGGAACCUAUGAAGAUAACUAUUACGGCACACCCAAGCCCCCCGCGGAGCCCACUCCCCUGCUGCUGAAUGUGACAGACCAGCUGUUGCCGGGUGCCAGACCCAGUGCCGAGGGGAAGCGGAAGAGGAACAAGUCCGUGAGCAACAUGGAGAAGGCCGGCAUCGAGCCUCCGGAGGAGGAGGAGGAGGAGAGGCCCGUCGUCAACGGCAACGGCGUCGCCAUAACCCCAGAAUCGAGCGAGCAGGAGGACAAAAGCACCGACGUGUCGGGGGAAAUGGCCCCCCAGCCCUGCCCGGGCGAGGCAUCCACCUUCACCCCCACAGAGGCUCCCAGAGAGGAGGGGGAACCCCCCGCAUCGCCCCCAAAACCCGAGGACAACGAUGACCUGGGACCCCUGCCAGACAACUGGGAGAUGGCCUACACUGAGAAGGGAGAGGUCUACUUCAUAGAUCAUAACACUAAGACGACGUCGUGGUUGGAUCCUCGGCUGGCGAAGAAGGCAAAACCGCCGGAAGAGUGUAAAGAGGAUGAGCUUCCGUACGGCUGGGAAAAAAUUGAUGACCCAGUUUAUGGCAGUUACUAUGUGGACCACAUAAACAGAAGGACGCAGUUUGAGAACCCCGUCCUGGAGGCCAGGAGGCGUCUGCAGCAGCAGCAGCAAAUGCAGAGCCAGGGGCUGUCCCUCUCGUCCAUCUACAGAGUUGAGGAGGGCCCCUCCUCAGCGACCUUACCUAGACCCAAACUGGCUCGCUUGGGCCCCGCCCCCGAGCGUUCCCGCAGUCUCACCGACCUAUCAGAGUUUCCCGAGGAGAAGGCAGGAGUGUUCGGCCUGCAUGAGAAGCCUCUGUUCACGCGGGACGCGACGCAGCUGAAGGGGAACUUCCUGUCCACCACGCUGCAGAAGAGCACCAUGGGAUUUGGGUUCACCAUCAUCGGCGGCGACGAGCCCGACGAGUUCCUGCAGGUGAAGAGCGUCAUACCGGAGGGCCCGGCCGCACAGGACGGGAAGAUGGACACAGGUGAUGUCAUCGUGUACAUUAAUGACGUCUGUGUUCUGGGGACCACGCACGCAGACGUGGUGAAGCUGUUCCAGUCGGUGCCGAUUGGUCAGAGUGUGACCCUGGUGCUGUGCCGGGGUUACCCCCUGCCCUAUGACCCCGAGGACCCUGGCAGCGGGGUGCCCCCGCCGAUGGGCUUGGGGGAGCGCCCCCUGAUGGUCAACGGGCGCAGCAACUACGACACCUACAUGGACUACGUUUCCCGGACCGCGCGGUUCGUUCAGGACCACGGGGACCAGCUCUCGGCCCCUCCCCUUUCCCACCCCGGCGACACCCACCUUGACGGCUCCCUGCCGGGCCCCGCCCCCCACGAGGACAGCGUGUCGAUGGCGUCGUCGGGGGCGACGCAGGCGGAGCUGAUGACGGUCACCAUGGUGAAGGGGGCGGACGGCUUCGGGUUCACCAUCGCGGACAGCCCCACGGGGCAGCGGGUGAAGCAGGUGCUGGAGCCGCAGGGCUGCCCGGGGCUGUGCGAGGGAGACCUGAUCCUGGAGAUCAACCAGCAGAGCGCCCAGGGCCUCAGCCACACCCAGGUGGUGGACCUGCUGAAGGACUGCGCCGUGGGGGCGGAGACUGCGCUGCUCAUACAGAGGGGCGGGGCGGGUCAGUUUUCACCCUGGAAGACCCCUAAACAGGUGCUGGAGCAGUGGGACCUGCAGGGCAGUCCCCAGACCAGCCUGUCGGCCCCCGUCCUGCCCCACAGCGCCCCCUACCCUGCGCACCUCCUCCACCGAGCUUCGGUGCCAGACUCCGCUGAAGGCUUUGACCUGAGCAAGCCCGACCCCUACGACCUGUACGAGAAAUCCAGGGCCAUCUACGAGAGCAGGCAACCUGGCCCACUAAACACUGCCGCUGGAAUUGCUGCUUCAGGGCUGGAGUACCAGGAGCUGGAGGUGCACCUGAAGCGGCAGAAGUCCGGGUUUGGGUUUCGGAUCCUUGGGGGUGAUGAGGCGGGCCUCCCUGUGAGUCUGGAGACUUGUGACAAGAUCCUGAUUGGGGCGAUCAUCGAGAACAGUCCCGCGGACCGGGACGGGCGUCUGAAGCCGGGGGACGAGCUGGUGUCCGUGGACAGGAUACCCGUGGCGGGACAGACGCACAGAUACGUCAUCGACCUGAUGCACGCCGCCGCCCGCAACGGUCAGGUGACCAUGACCGUGAGGAGGAGGGUCCAGUCUGCAGGUGAAGUGUGUCCAGAAAAUGGGCGGAGCCCCGGCGCGUUGUCGACGCAACACAGCUCGCCGAGGAGCGAAUUCGCAACGGCCACGUUUCCCAGCAGCGCCAGCGGUGCCCCUCCCCCGGCCCCCAGCUCCUCCCCCCCGGAUCGGUUUCCUUCCCACAGCUUGCAGACCAGUGAUGUCAUCAUCCACCGGAAAGAGAACGAGGGUUUUGGAUUCGUCAUAAUCAGCUCACUGAACCGACCAGAGACCAGCGCCACUAUCACUGUGCCCCAUAAGAUCGGCCGCAUCAUCGAGGGCAGCCCGGCCGAUCGCUGUGGGAAGCUGAAGGUGGGGGACCGCAUCCUGGCGGUGAACAGCCAGUCCAUCAUCAGCAUGCCGCACGCCGACAUCGUCAAGCUCAUCAAGGACGCGGGGCUCAGCGUCACCCUGCACAUCGUCCAGCAGGAAGAGCUGCACAGCCCUCCCUCAGCACCCAGCUCUGAAAAGCAAAGCCCCAUGGCCCAGCAUCACAGUCCUGUAACCCAGCCGAGUCCUGUAGCACAGCCCAGCAUAGUGACCCAAACCAGCACGGUCACCCAACCCAGCAUGGUGACUCAACCCAGCAUAAUGACCCAACCCAGCACAGUGAGCCAACCCAGUGCGGUCACCCAACCCAGCACGGUGACCCAACCCAGCAUGGUCACCCAACCCAGCACGAUGACCCAACCCAGCACAUUGACCCAGCAAAGCCCUGUUACCCAGGUCCCAACAGGCCCCGCCCCUGGUUCUGCCCCUGGCUCUGCCCCGCCUCCCCAGAUCUACGCCCACGACAGCAGGUCCGAGGUGAAAGCCAGGCAGGACGUGAAGCCAGACAUCCGACAGCCGCCAUUCACCGAUUACCGACAGCCUCCGGUGGACUACAGACACCCUCCUGUGGCGGAUUACCGUCAGCCCCCACCAGUAUAG